AUGCCUGCUUCCCAUGCAGCUGAUGGUAGCGAGUUCUGCAACAGCGAAUCGGACCACGCCGAUGAUAUGUUCUCAGACGACAGCGACGGCAAUACCGACGUGACCGAGGAGACUGACAGUGAGGAUAGCGACGACAGCGACGACAGCGAUGGGGAGAGCUCAGAAGAUGACAAGCUUCCUCCUCCCGAACAUUAUGAGGCCGAGGAGACUACUCUUGAUGUCAAACGCCUCCGGCAACGUCGCUUGAGGAAAGCAGCAGUUGAUAACAUGGAUAGAGUCCGAGACCACUGGCACCAAUACUGCGAGUACAUGAGGAGGGAUGUGCUCGACGCCUACCGGACACUGUCCAUCCAAUCCAUUAAAGGGUUCCUCAGCUGGGCUUGCGACCAGCGUCGCAGCAAAGGGGGAAGAAGGCGGCCGGGGAUCCAAGCUGUCAGCUCCCUGAGAACCUUCUGGAAGCAGUUUUCCCAGCUCUAUAAGCAAGACACGGGUGAGAGCAUCGAUCCUCUGACCAUGGCUCAAGCACAGGAUGUGAUCGAGCUCAUCGCCGAUGAGAAGAAGCUCAGCCGCGAGAAGAGGCCGGGGGAGCCCAUGUACAUUGACGACCUGGCGGAGUACCUCCGUGUGCUUCUGGUCGCGGGCGUCACAGGCAAUCGGCCAGAUGCCUUGACCCAGCUUCAGUAUCGGGAUCUGGAGCUCACACUGGUCCGGGACCCCCAUUCCAGCGCACCCCGUCUGUGCGUCGGGCUGACCGCCCACUUCACCAAGACCUUUUUGGGCAUGAAGGAUGCGAACACUUUUUGGCUUCCGGAGAUCAUCUAUGACCCAACUCUGGUGCUCAGUCCUCAUGUCUUCCUUCUGGGGAUGCUGUUCCACAUCCAGGCAUUCAAGUCACCAGGCAUCAGACGCCCCGAGGACCUCUACAGCCUGGGCGUCCUGGAUGGACUCAACCAGCAGGAACUACCGCUGCGGGAUGAUCUGGCGGAUCUGUUCGUCUUCUGCUCGGCCGUCCGCGAAGGAGGUGGCGUCCGGAUUGCGCACGAGAUCCGGUUGACCACAGCGUCGGUACGGACUCGGAUGAAAAAGGGCGGCGAGAUCACGGGCUUCCAGCAGGCCACGAAGCCUUAUGUCCUCCGUGAUGCAGCGGCGAAGGGUUUUAACGAGAGUCCGGACGUGAGCGAUUCUCUCCAGAACCUGAUGCUCCAGCACGCCAGCAUCGAUACAUUCCUCAAACACUAUCUGGACCGAAACAUCACCGCUGAUGUCCUCAGCAUCUACCGUGGCCUCGAGCCGCAGAAGGCGCUGAUGAGGAUGGUGUGCUCGAUGAGCCAGUCCAUCGACCCUCACCGACCGUGGAAGCUGACGCCGGAGCAGUCGAGAUCGGUAAAUGACCAGCCACACAUCCUGAAGAUCGCUCGAAGAGUCGCACACCUGAAGAAGCGCCGUGACUCUACCGCAAGCUUGCUGAGCGGUCGGGUGGGACAGAGGUACCGGCGGAAGGCCGAGAAAAACCGACGAUGGGAAGCGAAAUACAGGCGCCGGGUUGAGAAGCACGAGAGACGAGAUGAGAGAUAUCACAAGGCCGUUCGUCGGCUCCGCAGCGAGAAGCAACGCGCGAGGGUCGAGCUCAAGCGUAAGAUUCUAGAGCGAUACCGGCAGGAACAACCUGUGAUCGACAGCGAGCGGCAGCUCUCCGGAAAGGUCGUCGAUGAGGACGUGAGGGGUGCACUGGAGCGGUCUGGGUACAUGACACCCGAACAGAUGAUCAUGAUCGACGCGGUCCUCACGCUGCCGCCAAAGACCCCAGAGGCGGAACUGCAAUGA